AUGUUUAAGCCAUUAAAGUUAAAUGAAUUCUUGAGUGAAAUAACUCAAAGAGAGCCAAGUUUUAAGUGCGUAUUCUUAUCUAGCAAUUAAGACGGUAUUAUUGCUACUAACGAUUGGAAUUAAAAAUCAUUUAUUAGCAACAUGACUGCAUUAUGGGAAGAAAGUAUAUUUGUUGGAUAAUUCUUAAAUAAUGAUAUUGCUGCUGAAUAAGAAGAAAUGGGAGAAGAAUGUCUUUCUAUGAAUGUUUCAAUCUAGACUCAAAUUGUUCAUCACGAUAACGGAACUGUUAUUCUUUAAAAUAUUUGCAAUAAUUUGUUAUUCGGUGUUUGCUCUAAAAAAGAUCCUAAUCACGCAAUUUUACUUCAAAAAGCUUAAAACAUUAAGAAAUUAAUUGAAGAAGAAAUAAAAAAGGCUUCUGCAGCUUGA